UAUUAAAAGAUCACUUCGACGAUUUCCUUAGGUGGUUUAACGCUUUUUUCAAAUGCAAAUUCGUAUUUGCUUGGUUCGAACAUAUUUAAUCCGGACAACGACAAAAAAAGUUCCUUUAAAACAUUCUUCAAGAAAUUUUCUAACAUUAAUAAUUAUGUAUCCGUGCAGUUCUCAAAAGAAACAUUGGACUUUUGAAAGUGAAGAAGAGUUAAUUCAACUUCGAAUGAAAACAAAUCAAAAAUAUAUUCAAAAGAAUGGAUCACAUCUUGAUAGCAAACAAAUUCAAUCUUUCUAUCUGAAUCCUUAUGAAGAAAGCUUAUUACUUAGACAGUAUGAACUUCAGCUUAGAGAGUUUUGUAGAAGGUUUGACCCGCCAAUGCCAAGAUAUGCUAUAGGAACGGCAUUUCAUUAUUUCAAAAGAUUUUAUUUAAACAAUUCACCAAUGGAUUAUCAUCCGAAGGAAAUCUUAGCUACAUGUGUUUAUCUUUCAUGCAAAGUUGAAGAAUUUAAUGUCAGCAUUCAGCAAUUUGUAGCAAAUGUGAAGGGCGAUCGAAACAAAGCAAUGGAUAUAAUUUUAAGCAAUGAGCUUUUGCUUAUGCAAGAACUAAACUACAAUCUCACUAUUCACAAUCCAUUCCGUCCAGUGGAGGGAUUUUUAAUUGAUAUCAAAACUAGAUGUCAAAUGCAAAAUCCAGAUCGAUUACGCAAAGGGAUUGAUGAAUUCUUAGAUAAAUCUUUUCUAACUGAUGCUUGCUUGAUUUACACUCCAUCUCAGAUUGCAUUAGCUGCUGUUCUUCAUGCUGCUAGUAAAGAGCAAGAAAAUUUGGAUUCUUAUGUCACCGAGUCACUUUUUGCUGAAUCAGCUCACAUGUUAAAGCCACUGAUUGAAGCCGUGAGAAAAAUUAGAUCAAUGGUGAAGAAUAUAAGCGAGGCACCUGAUAAAAAUGCAAUUAAAACUUUAGAAAAGAAACUCGACAAAUGUCGAAAUCAAGAUAACAAUCCAGAUAGUGAAGCCUUCAGACCACGUCCGGAAUUUAACAAUGGCGGUGAAAAACCUUACUGGAACCGUCAUCCAAAUAACCAGUUCAAUAAUCACUUCAACCCUAACUUCAUGGAUGGUGGAUUUAAUCCAAACUUUGUUAAACGAGUCUACCCACCGAAGAAGGAUUUUGGUGGACCUAAAAAUGGAAUGAAAGGAAAUUCACCUGACUUGGAUGAAAUGACAAAAGAAGAAAGAGCAAAACUGCAAAGCAUGAAAGCAAAAUGUCCUGGACAAAACCUUGUACGACCAAACUGGGAAUCAAUUGUGCUUGAACCGUUCAUGAAGGAUUUCAACAAAAUCCAUGAAAAUAAUAAAAAUCGUACUCUUGAAGAAGUCAAUGCCUGGCGAAAAGCAAUGGCAAUUACUGUAGUUGGACAGGACAUUCCUUUUCCUCAUCAAGAUUUUAAGGAAGCCAAUUUCUCAUCAGCAAUUUUGAGUGAAUUAAGUAAACAAGGAUAUGUUACACCCACGCCAAUUCAAGCUCAAGGUUGGCCAAUUGCUUUGACUGGUCGUGAUCUUCUCGGUAUUGCUAUGACGGGAUCUGGAAAGACUCUCGCUUACAUGCUUCCUGGACUUGUUCAUAUUAACAAUCAACGUCCAUUAGCACGUGGCGAAGGACCCAUUGUACUCGUUCUCGCACCAACACGUGAACUUGCACAACAAAUUCAAUCUGUUGCAAAGGAUUAUGGGUCAUUUGUUAAGCCAAUGUCAAGGAACACUUGCAUCUUUGGUGGCUCACCUAAGGGACCACAAAUAAGAGAUCUUGAACGUGGAGUUGAAGUUGUUAUCGCAACUCCCGGACGUUUAAUCGACUUUAUGGAACGUGGUGUCACAAAUCUUCGUCGCGUGACUUAUUUGGUUCUUGAUGAAGCUGAUCGAAUGCUUGACAUGGGAUUUGAGCCUCAAAUUCGUAAAAUUAUCGAGCAAAUCCGUCCAGAUCGUCAAGUGUUGAUGUGGUCAGCAACGUGGCCAAAGGAAGUUCAAACAUUAGCUGAAGAUUUCUUGCGUAAUUACAUUCAAGUCAACAUUGGUUCACUUAACUUAUCAGCGAACAAUAACAUCACACAAAAUAUUAAAGUUUGCGACGAAUCUGAGAAAGAACAAGAAUUGAUUUCUUUGUUAAAAACAUUAAAUCCUAAUGAAAACAACAAAAGCAUCAUUUUUGUCGAGACAAAAAAGAAAGUUGAAGACAUUUUGAAAAUAAUUCAACGUGAAGGAUAUCAAGCAAACUCAAUUCAUGGUGAUAAAAGUCAACAUGAACGUGAUUACGUUUUGGAUAGUUUCCGUAAUGGACGAACAGCAAUUUUAGUUGCAACUGAUGUCGCUGCUCGUGGUCUCGACGUUGAAGAGGUCAAGAAUGUCAUUAAUUAUGAUUAUCCGAAUACGAGUGAAGAUUAUAUUCAUCGAAUUGGUCGCACGGGACGUUGCGAACAAACUGGAACUGCUUACACAUUCUUUACUCCUGGAAAUGGUCGUCAAGCACGUGAAUUGAUUGCUGUCAUUCAUGAAGCAGGUCAAACAGCUUCAAAAGAACUUCACGAUAUCGCUAAAACGUCAGGAUCAGGAAAAGGAAAUAUUCGCGGUAUUCAACGUUAUGGACGUCCUGAUCAGUACAAGCCACAAUAUAACAGCAACAAUCAAUUCAAUAAGCCUGGUUUAAUGUCAGGAAUGAAGAAUCUUGGACAAGGUUGGAUGGGUGCAACACCAAAGCCACCUUAUAAUCAAUUCAACAACAACAUGGGCGGUAACAGUUUCAAGAACGAAUAUCCGAAGCCAUUUAAUAAGUUCAACAAUCAAGAUGACAAGAAACCGAUCACUGAUGGUGGAUUUAAAAAGUAUGACUACAACAAUAAGUUUAAUUCACCGAUGCAAGGUGGUGGUUACAUGAACAGCGGGCAGCAGAACGCUGGCGGUGGAUAUCAAGGAGGAUAUCAGAAGAAUUUCGGAGUAGGUCAAGACCAAGCUGGAUUUAAACCACGAAAUGCUUUCGUUAAGCCGGACUUCAAUGGUAAUCCACGAAUGAAUCAACAAUAUGGUGGCGACAAGCCACAAUUCCAAAAUAAAUAUUUGGGAAAUAAGCCACGUGCUCCAUUUAACGCACCAAAUCGUUUCAAUGAAUUUCCAGGACCACAACAACAACAGCAGCAAAAAUUCAAUAAAUUUGACAAUUACAAAGGCGGUUAUGGUCAAGCCAUUGGUGAAGGUGAAAGUGAAGACUUCCAAGGCACGAACCAAUACAACAAUCAAUCUGUUCGACAUAAUCGUUUCAUUGAUCAUCAAAAUCCAGCUGGUGGUGAUCAAGCAGCGGCAUCUGGUGGUCACAAUCAGCAACCACAACAGCCUUUUGUUCAAGGUGAUGCUAUUGAUGGUGGACAAUUUGACUCGAAUAUGAUUUCUGGAUAUCGAAUGAUUCCAAGCGGUGGGCAAAUUCCAUUUCCACAAGCUUUUGAAUAUCCACAAGGACCUCCACAGGCCAAUGGGCAGAUUGGCGAUAUUCAUCCGAAUAAUCCUUGUAGCUUUCAGAAUAUGACUGGACCGCCACAACAACGUGGGAUGUAUGUGAUUGGGGCUGCGGCACCGAAUCCUGCUUACAUUCAAUAUCAACAUGCCACUGUUCAACCCGAUGAGCAAGUAGAAUAAGUUGAAGAGAUUGAACGAGAGAAAAAAUUUCAAGAGUUUUUGAAAGAAAAUUUCGCAGAGCAAAAAUUAUCUUGAAAAACAAACAAAUAAUCUUUUUUUUUACUUAUAACUAUCUACAUCCGGGGAUGUUAUGAGAAUUUGUCACCAAUUGAAUUUUUCUUUUAAGGUGAUUGGUGUUAAAAAAUUUCUUAUCUAAUUCUUUCCUAUUUUUAAUUAAGCACUUUGUAAGAUUUAAAGAAAAAAACUGCUAAAUGGAUGUUGAAUUAAUUCAAAAAGCAUUUUCUCUUACUCACCAACAACAAAUCGACAUACAUAUAACAACCGUAACGACUCGAUAGAUAAUAUUUGGUAUCUAAGUAGGAGUUUGCGGAAGUAAUUUACGUAUAAAAUUUAAUCAAACUUUCGGAUAAAUGCGACUUUGUUUAAAUUAUUAUUAAAAACUUAAAGAAAGAUCGCUCAACUGAAAGCAUAAAAGCAAAGUAAAUCUUUUUCCUUUGAAUAAUUAAUUGAAUAAUAAAAACAUUAUAUGGUAACUUAGUAUGUAGACAUUAAAUGAAUUUAAUCCCGAAAACGAAACACAAAGAAAAGAAAUUCUUGUAUCUGAAACAAAUCUAGAAAUCGAAAGAGAAAAAAGAAAACCAAAACUUUUCCUUUCAGUUAAAGAAUCGAAUUUUUCCAGUUAUUUUCCCUUUAAUUUUAAUUUAUGUUUCCACGAUGAGGUUUCUCGUCUCCCUCAUUUCAGAUUAAAAGAUUUUUCCUGAAGAAGAAAAAAGAGAACAAGAAACGUUUUUUAAAUGAAGUUAAAAAUGAAGAAGUUAUAAAAUAAUUAUUAUUAACUGUAGAAAUGUGGAAAUGCACUGACGUAAACAAAUUACGUGCUGAAUCACGAAACUCCCACCUAUGCCUUAAAGAAACACUAAGCAAGAAAACUUUCUCCCAAAAAAACGAACGACAUAACUUUUUUUUUGCAUAGAAAAGCGUUUUGUGAUUUAAGCAUUUUUGAAAGUAAAACAUAAUAAAAAAAUUAAUUUUAUCAUACAAAAUAUGAAUCAGGUGAUAACUUAAAAGUUGCUAAUUUACUCUUAACUUAACAAUCAUCAAUCCUUUUUCUUUUCUUGUAUUAAUGGUUAAAAGCUAUGAAAAAAAAAUGAAAAUAAUGCAAUUUUUAACAAUGAAGUUAAAAUCGCCAAAAACCCCGUAAUGUAAUCGCGGGUUUAGAUGAUGAUGGGAAGAAACAGCGUGAAAAACAUUAGAUGAUAAAACUUUUAUUUGAACUUGGAGAAAAUUGAAUUCGGUAUUAGAAAAAACAAAACAUGAAAACUAUGAAAAAUCGGUGGGGAAAUUAGAAUUUAUAUUUUUUCUACUUGAAACACAAAAAAAAGGAAAACUUUUUUAUGAGAAACAAAAACUAAGAAAAAAAAUUUAUUACGAAAGUUUUAAAGAGUUGAAAACUUUCGCAUGCAACAUUUUUGUCCUCAUUACUAUUUUAAGUUACGACGAAAAAAAAUCCAAGAAGAAAAAUGAAAUAACUUGAAGCGUAAAUGAAGAAAAUUUUCCUAAUUGAUGAAAUUUUUUUAUUGAAAAAAAAAUGUAGAAAGAAAAAAGAUUCUGUUUGAUGAUGCAAAACAAGAAACAUACAGAUAUGUAUAUUGAAAGUUCCCUUAAACGAAAAAAAUAACUAAAGUAGUCGAACAUUUUUAUGCCAGAAACAAAUUAAAGUGUUCCAUUAAAGAUGCCUUUAUAAACUAUCGACUAAAGAAAAAUCUUAAACGUGAUAAAUAGAAAAUUAAAGGCAACAAACAAAACAAGCAAGCACACUAAAGGCAGCACAAUGAGUCGAACUGAUGACUCUAGAUCGAAUGCUGCUUCAUGAAUGAUCGCAAACAUAUUAAAAAAAUGAUUAAAUUAAAGUAACGAUAAAAAGUAUUGUUAAUUCGUAACUUUUUGCCAGUUCUUUUUGUAUGAUUCACAAAAAGAUGAUGAAAACUUUAUAAAAUAUUUCCUUUCACAUGACUAUGAUCGAAAAGUGCUCAUGAUCAAUGUAUUCAUUAAUUACAAUUAAUUUUCCAUUGUUCCUACAGGAAACAAGAUAAAAAAAUUUGUUUUUGCUUAAGAAUCUUGAGAUCUCAAAUGUGAAAAUAACAAUUAAUCAAGAAGAAAAUCUCGCAAAUCUUUGUUAAAUGGAAAUUCAUUUUCCACACCCUUUUUAUUUCGACACCUUUAAAUAUCUAAGAAAAUAUGCUAAGCACUGUGAUUCAUAAAAACUUUUGUCAAGAAAAUGAAGUUUUCUUUUCACAACAUGAAAUUCUCACUGAAAGAAAGAAAGCUUAAGCAAUUAGAUAGCAUCUAUCUUUAAUCCAUUAACUUUGUUUUAGUUAUCCGUCAACUUAAAUAAUUACAUUUUUCUUAAAUCAAUUCAAAUGGUCCUUUCGUGAAUUCCUUAAUUAAAAAAGAUGAAACUUCUUUAAAAAUAAUGAAACUGAAACAUUUCUUAAGAAAGUUUGGUUUCUUUUUGAACUGUGAUAUUUGUUGUAAAAAAAAAACAUUUUUUCAAAUGAAAUCUGACCGAAAGAUGAAACGAUAAUUUAAUGACGAGUGAAAAAAUAAAAUAAAAACAAACUUUUGACAAAUGAAACUUUAUAGAAACAAGAAGAAAACGAUGAGACUUAUAAAGUUUGUUUAAAUUAUUGUUGGUAAUUGAUUUUUUCGAGAAAAACUAAGUAGAUUUAGUGAGAUUUUCUCGAAAACGAAUCAAUUAUUUGUGAUGAAAAAAUACAACAAAUUAUAGUACAAAAGACCAAAAAAAAAAUGGAAAAAACUGAACUGUUAGUGCUGUUGAUCUUUAUUUUAAUACACAAAAGAAAAAUGAAACGAAAAAUCAUUUGAUCUUAAACAGAGGUUGGAAGUAUACUGAAAUGUCAGUAAUUCCAAUCUUUGAUCUUAAAAAGAAAGAAAACUUAAUGAGCCGUCUGCAAGUUUUAAGAAAAUCGAAUUAUUUCUUUGUUAACUUUCCUCUUAGUUUAAAAUUUAAUUAACAAGGAAAAAGAAAAAAAAGUAAAAUUUUGCAGUUAGAUUAAAGAUUUUGCGAGAUGCGAGAACAAAUAAAAGUUUUGUUUAGAGAAUGAAAGAAAAAGACUGCGAAAAAUCGAUGUUUCCUGAACACGAAAUCCUCCCACUACUUAUCACUUUUAAUUAACUUAUAGGGAACAUUUAGCAAUAUUUUAAGACGAAAAUUAAUUUCUCUCAAAUUUGAUGUUUGAGGUUUCAGGAUGAAAGCAAAAUAGUCAAAAAGUAAAAAAUUAAAUAAAUAAAAAUAACAAAAAUAUUAGGUUACAAAUUUAGUCAAUUCCAGGGAUUGGUUUAAGAUGAAACUGGAAGUAAAACCAUUCCAUUGAAAAAUUAAGACGACAAUCUUAAGUUGCUCAGUCAUGUGCAAACUAAGAUUGACUUUAAACGACAAAACAAUAAACUCAAGUAAAUCGCAGAGCUUUAAUUUGUUUGUAGUAUCGAAAAGAAGAAGAAAAAAAGAUAAAUAAUCAUUAAACUGUGCAGAAGAAAUUCAUAGUACGUGUGUGUAUGUGUGUGCGUGUCAAGGAAGAUUAAAAAAUUGCGACAAAUCACUUAAGUUGUGAGAUGAAGAAAAAAAAGUAUUUAAAUAAUUGAUAUCAAACAUAAGCGAUCAUGUAUGUAUAUCAUUAAUAAGAACUAUUCAAAGGGACUCUUAUAUAUAUUUGUAUCUGAUAUAAUUCGGUUAGUUCAGGGGAAUUUAAUUGAAUCAUUAAUUUUUUCUCAUAAUCGUAAAUAUUAAAAAAAAGAAAAUUUGAAGAAAAACGCUUCCAAGUUAUGGACGAAAAAAAGAAAAACGAAAACAAACUUUAAGUUUCCUUUAUUAAUUUUUCAUAACCAAGGCUUUAUUAAUUGGGAUAUUUAUUCACAAUUUAUUAUUUUUGUCAUGUUUUCAUUUGAAUAAUUUCCAUUUUUGUGAAUUUAAGAAAAAAAAAAGAAGAAAACAAAUUGACGAAAGAUGGAAAAAAUAUAAAGUUUAAAGAAACAAUCAUUUAAAGGCUGUUAAAGAUUGCAAAUCUUCAUGAUGAAAAUAAUAACAUGGAAAAGAGAAAAAUUCGUCUUCUCAAGAAUGACAACGAAAGGAAAAGUUUGAAAUAUUUUUAAAGGUGAAAACUUGACAGUUUCAAUUUUCAUGAUGAUCUUAUCUUCUAAGAUAAGUAAACGGAAUAAAAAAAAAGUUUUCACCAAACACAAAGUUUUUUUUCCUAAAACUUCAACUGCAUGUCUCGUCAUACUGGAUCGUUUGUUUAAGAUCCACAACAUAUUAAUUAAAAUAUCAAUGAUAUGAUAAUAAAAUAAUUGGAAACAAAAGAAGAAAAUUAAUUAAAUAAGAAAGUGCAUUUCUUGUAUUUGAUACAGUUUCAUAAUCCGUUCAUUUUUAAUGUCUCAAUCUCUCUCUAUGAAUAUAUUUUGUUAAUUAACUCUGAGAAAAAUCUUUUUCCACGACCAGUAAACUUUGCUAGUUAGUGAGAAAACUUCUUUUAAAAAAGCAAAUUAAAUUCAUUUAAUAAUUUUAUUUUUGUGUUUUUUUCUUUAAUUUAAGAACUUUUCUUUUCCUAACUUUCUUUCACUUUUUUUUUCUUGAGAUUUACAAGAAAAAGAAAAAUAUUAAUGCAGUAGAUAUUAACCAUUUGAGAAAAAAAAGAAAUUGUGUAAUCUUGGUGAAACAAAAAGAAAAAAAAAUUAUAAAAAAUAUUCGCAUUUCAUCUUCAUGAAUGAAUGUUUCAAUAAAAAAAAAAUAUAAAAUUAUGACAACCAAGAAC